UUUUUUUUUUUUCUUUUGGUGCCUUUUCUCUAAUCGAUUUUAUCCUCGCCCAUUACGAAUCAGUAUGCCGGGGUAUCGGUGCCGACAUUUCGGACUUAAGAUUUUAUCAUGGUGGAGCACGUUUGAGGGCUGGACACUCCGGUGUGGCAGCUUUGAACCAAGAUUAUUCUAGUCUGGUUUUCAUUUACUAAUUGAUAGAUUUUUGGGGAUAUUAUUUUUGCUAUAGGAGGCCCACUUUCUUGAUGUUGCGCAAAUACUUAUAAUCUCCGGAGGCCCACGUUUUGGCCACAGGUUUCACAGCAUUCAGCGCUUUAUAGAUUUGAUUUUCAAACGAUUUACUAUUUCUUAAUACCCUGAAUAAUCACAAAUCUAUCUCUAUUUAUCUGAAGAGGAACAUUACGACACAGGAAGGAAAUCCCAUAGAUCGCCAGAUCCUGACCAAGCGCCAUGGUUUCCGAAAACCAGAACAGCGCAACGAUAAACGAUACCAACGGCAUGGCUCCCCGUUAUGAUCAUACGAAUGAGCUCCCAGUGUCGUCGGACGUUACCUUGAACUCUGAGACAAAUUCCGCAAUAGGGGACCCGGAGAAGGAGCUUGAAGCCUCCCACGAAAAAGACCUGGAGAAUGAUGGAGCACUUGCCCAACCAGCUGGAAGCGAGAAGCCAGACGCAGCGCCUCAGAAAGACCCGAACUUGGUGGAAUUCGAUGGACCGGACGACCCUGAAAACCCGCAGAAUAUGCCUUACUGGAAGAAAUGGGUCUUAACGAUGACCUUGUCUUCGAUGACAAUGUGGAUCACCUUUGCGAGUAGUGUCUUCUCGACUGCGACUAUGGUGACGGCGAAGGAAUUCAACGUCUCGACCGAAGUGAUGACAUUAGGAACCAGUUUGGUUGUCUUUGGAUUCGCGCUGGGGCCUUUGAUGUGGUCUCCCAUGUCUGAAUUGUAUGGACGCAGACUGCCACUGUUCUUUGGCUAUGCUGUGUUUGCGAUCUUCCAAAUCCCAGUUGCUGUCGCACAGAAUCUCCAGACUAUCAUGAUUUGCCGUUUCUUGAUGGGCGUGUUUGGCUGUUCCCCUCUGGCGGUCGUCGGUGGUGCUAUGGCAGACUUCUGGAACCCUAUCGACCGUGCUGUGGCUAUUGCGAUGUUCUCGGCUGCAACUUUUGUUGGACCAGUGCUAGGCCCCAUUGUUGGUGGUUUCAUCACGGACUCGCACCUUGGCUGGCGCUGGACGGCUUGGAUCACUCUGAUCGCCUCGGCAACCUUCGGCCUCAUCGCCCUGGUCAUUAUCCCCGAGACGUACGCCCCUGUUAUUCUGCAAAAGCGCGCUGCUCGCCUCCGUAAGGAGACCGGUAACUGGGCACUACACUCAGCUUUGGAUGAAAGUCGCCCUACUGCAUCGGAAAUCGUUACCAAAUACUUGGUUCGCCCAAUUCAAAUGCUGUUUUUGGAGCCCAUUCUCCUCUUGAUCACGAUCUACCUGGCCUUGAUCUACGGCAUCCUGUACUUGUUCUUUGAAGCCUACCCGGUUUCUUUCCAGGAGGUUCGCGGAUGGACCAACGAAGGUGUUGCUGGGCUGCCAUUCCUUGGAAUUAUGAUCGGGGUGCUCUGCGGAGUGGCUCUGAUUAUCUGGCAGACGAAGACUCGGUUUGCUCGCAAGCUGGCAAAGCACGGUCGUGUUGUUCCCGAGGAGCGUCUUGUCCCCAUGAUGAUCGCGUCGAUCAUGCUGCCUGCUGGCCUCUUUUGGUUCGGCUGGACCUCCAACCGCAACAUUUCGUGGGUCCCUCAGGUUAUCGCAGGCAUUCCCAUCGGUAUGGGUAUCCUGGUUAUUUUUAUGCAAGGUCUCAACUACAUCAUCGACGUCUACCUCAUGUUUGCCAACUCCGCCAUCGCGGCGAACACUCUGGUCCGGAGUAGUCUUGGAGGUGCUUUCCCGCUCUUCUCGGUGCAGAUGUACCAUAAGUUGGGUGUCGACUGGGCUUCCAGUCUGCUUGGCUUCAUCACUGUUGCGAUGAUUCCUAUCCCGGUUGUCUUCUUCAUCUAUGGUAAGAAGAUCCGGGCUAUGAGCAAGUUCUCUCCCAAGCUUUAAAAAGCUGCGUUCGUUUUUCUUUGUUUGUCUUUAUGUUCUCCAACGAGAUAUGCAUAAAAAAAGCGGGCAUUUGGAAGGCGUUAUUGAAUACUUUACUACUAAUAGUUAAUGAUGGCAUAUAGAUAGUAACGCU